AAACGAUAAGCAUUAGCAAAUUUUACAUUCGCCAUAUAUCAGAAAUGAUCCAGAUGUUGAAUGGAACGAUGUCGUAUUAUAUUACUGCUAAAAUGGUACAUAGUAAGAAGCUAAUUAAAUUUCCAUUUACAUGCAAGUUAUUUAAAAAUAACCGCAAUCUUAGUUUGAAUAAUAUUAGGUCAAUAAGUUCAUGGUGGGAUAAUGUAGAGAUGGGUCCACCGGAUCCAAUAUUAGGUCUUACAGAGAGAUUUAAAGCAGAUACACACCCAAAUAAAGUUAAUUUAGGAGUUGGCGCUUAUCGAGAUGAUGAUACUAAACCAUUUAUUUUGCCAAGUGUAAAAAAAGCAGAAGAAAAAAUUAGAAAUAGAAAUAUGGAUAAAGAAUAUUCAACAAUUGCAGGAAAUGCAGAAUUUUGUAAACAAAGCAUUCUGUUAGCACUUGGUGAACACAGUAAUGUUAUUAAGGAAGGUUUGACUGUUACUGUUCAAACACUUUCUGGUACAGGAGGGCUUUGUGUCGGAGGACAUUUUUUCUCGCGUUAUUUUAGUGGCAAUAAAGAAAUAUAUUUACCAGUACCUACAUGGGGAAAUCAUACUCCUGUAUUUACAUUAUGUGGACUUCCAGUAAAACAGUAUCGUUAUUAUGAUCCAGAAACAUGUGGAUUGGAUCAUAAAAGUCUUUUAGAAGAUUUAUGUACAAUUCCAGAUAAGUCCAUUAUUCUUCUUCAUGCAUGUGCUCAUAAUCCUACUGGUGUUGAUCCUAAACCAGAACAAUGGAAAGAAUUAGCAGAAUUAAUAAAGAAAAAAAACCAUUUUCCUUUUUUUGACAUGGCGUAUCAAGGUUUUGCUACAGGUAGUCUAGAGAAAGAUGCUUUUGGCUUAAGACAUUUUGUAGAAGAAGGAAUUCAACUUGCUCUGACUCAAUCAUAUGCUAAAAACAUGGGUUUAUAUGGUGAACGUAUAGGAGCAUUUACAAUGGUUUGUGCUACCAAAGAUGAAGCAGAUCGUGUUUUAUCGCAAUUAAAGCGUAUAAUUAGACCAAUGUAUUCUAAUCCUCCGAUUCAUGGUGCCAGAAUUGUUUGUGAAAUCUUAAAAGAUUCCCAAUUGACGGACCAAUGGAUGAUUGAUAUAAAAACAAUGGCUAAUCGUAUUAUAUCUGUACGUCAAAAAUUGGUUGAUGAUCUUAAAAAGGCGGGUAGUGUCCGUAAUUGGAAACAUAUUACAGACCAAAUUGGAAUGUUUUGUUUUACUGGUCUUAAGCCUGAUCAGGUAGAAAAACUUAUAAAUAAUCAUCACAUAUAUUUGACAAAGGAUGGUAGAAUAUCUAUGGCAGGUGUAACAUCAAAAAAUGUGGAAUAUAUUGCAAAAUCUAUACACGAUGUUUCAAAAUAGUAAAACAUUUCUACCAGUUUUUAAGAAUAUGUAUUAAAUCUUGUUUUUAAUUUUUAAAUACGUUAUAUACAUAAGCAGUAUAAAAAUAUAUUUU